GUGCCGGAGGCCACAGACUUUCGCGAGGGUGGACGCGCCGCGUUUUCUGCCGGACUUCUUUUUGAUCGCCGCCGCCGCGUGCAGUUUCGCGGUCGGCUGCACCGUGUCAUCGACACCGAGGACCGCGGAGGCGAUCGUCUCAGUCUGUCGGGCUUCCCUUCCGUCGUCGUCGUCGUCGUCGACGCCGACGUCGCCGUUGCCGCUGCCGUAGCCGGUGGUCGUCGCGUGAUCCUCUCCGGCGAGCGUGACGCCGCGUCCGCGAGAGGAACGAGCGGGUUCGCGACGAAAUCGUGAGCAACGAGCGACGACAACGAGGAGCGGCGCGCCACGGUGGACGUCGUAUACCCGGCGACCGGCACACGCUUCGUCUUCCUGCUUCGUGUUUUCUGCCGGGUGCAAGGUUGACCCAGGUCCAAGGACAGGAUCGAACCAUGCUGGCCCGAUGCCUAAUUUUCGUCGGUGCAGCCGCGGCAGCGAUGUCCGCGGGUGGUCACGGGUUCGACGCGCACCUACGCGGGCCCAGCUUCGUCAUGGAGCCGCCGUCCAGAGUGGAAUUUUCGAAUUCGAGCGGCGCCUGGCUGGACUGCACCGCGACAGGAAGCCCGCCGCCCAACAUCGAUUGGUCGACCGCGGACGGACACCCGGUGAACGAUGUACCCGGUGUCAGAAGGGUCCUCAGGAACGGCACGUUGGUCCUUUUGCCGUUUCUGGCGGCAGCGUUCAGGCAGGAUGUGCACAGCGCGGCCUACAGGUGCGUCGCCAGCAACUCCGUGGGCCGAGUCCUCAGCCGUGAUGUCCAGGUCAGAGCAGUGGUGGCCCAAGCAUACAAAGUCGACGUGGAAGUGAUUGGGGGUGCAUCGAGGGGAUGCACGGCAGUGUUACGAUGCGUCGUUCCCAGCUUCGUGAAAGAUUUGGUGCGCGUAGUGUCCUGGUUACAGGAGCCCUCCUUUUACAUUUAUCCAUCGCCGCAAGGAGAUGGGAAGUUCCAUCUACUGCCAACUGGUGAACUGCUGGUUCACAGUCUAGAGUUCAGCGAUCAGAUCCACGGGUACAGGUGUCGGACGAUGCACCGUCUUACCAGACAAGUUGUAGUCAGCUCCGUUGCGAACGUCAGGAUAGCUGAUCACAGAGGAGUGAUGCCUCCGGUGAUUCUUGAAAAUUCCGGCGUGGUGCACGUUGCUCAAGAUGAAUCAACGUCGUUAGUCUGCGUGGCGCAGGCCUGCCCUACUCCCGAAUAUCGAUGGUACGCACAAACCGGCUCUGAACCGGUGCUGGUACACUCUGGACCAAGAACGAGACUACUUGGCUCCGUCCUAGCCCUCGAAGCAGUCACGCUAGAAGAUAGUGGAAUUUAUCGUUGCACCGCAUCUAAUGCCGGUGGCGAAACCAGCGCCGAAAUUAGGCUGAUCGUGACUGCUCCGCUGCACGUAGAAGUGUCCCCGCCGUUGCUGAGCGUCCAUUUAGGCGGUAAUGCCGAAUUUAGAUGCGAGGUCAGCACGCAUCCACAAGCAGGACCGCACUUUGUUACCUGGUACAAGGAUGGCCGGCAGCUGCCGGGAACCGGCAGACAAUCGGAAUUAUUGAGGCUCAACGGGAUCGGCAGGGAAGAUCGUGGAAUGUAUCAGUGUAUAGUCAGACGAGCAGAAGGGGACACUGCUCAGGCAUCCGCAGAACUUCAAUUGGGCGAUGCGCCACCGAUGCUGUUGCACUCGUUCAUCUCGCAAACAAUGCAACCGGGACCGGCGGUAUCCAUGAAAUGUUCCGCGGCAGGAAACCCAACGCCGCAAGUCACUUGGGCCUUGGAUGGUUUUCCCUUGCCAACGAAUGGAAGGUACGUCAUAGGUCAAUACGUGACAGUCCACGGGGACGUGAUAUCCCACGUCAAUAUCAGCCACGCGAUGGUGGAGGACGGCGGCGAAUAUUCUUGCACCGCCGAAAACAGGGCCGGGAAAGCCACUCAUGCUGCUCGUCUGAACGUUUACGGUCUUCCAUACAUCCGCCUAAUCCCGAAGGUAACCGCCGUCGCGGGUGAGACGCUGCGGUUGAAGUGUCCUGUCGCCGGCUACCCGAUCGAGGAGAUCAAGUGGGAGCGGGCGAAUCGCGAGCUGCCGGACGAUCUUCGCCAGAAGGUGCUGAAGGAUGGCACCCUACUGAUCACGAGCGUGCAGAAGAAGGGCGACGCGGGGGUGUACACCUGUUCGGCGCGGAACAAGCAGGGCCACAACGCGAGAAGAUCUGGCGACGUUGCAGUGAUCGUUCCUCCCAAAAUUAGCCCAUUCACGGCAGAUCGUGAUCUACACCUCGGCGAGCGCACCACGUUGACAUGCUCGGUGACCAGGGGCGAUCUGCCACUCUCGAUCUCCUGGCUCAAGGACGGACGAUCGAUGGGUCCAUCGGAGCGUGUCAGUGUCACCAAUGUGGACCAGUACAAUAGCAUACUGAUGAUUGAACGUUUAUCUCCAGAUCACAACGGCAACUACUCGUGCGUGGCCCGUAAUCUGGCCGCAGAGGUAUCACACACGCAGCGGCUUGUGGUUCAUGUACCCCCUAUUAUUGAGCCAUUUACGUUCCAAGAGGGACUAUCCGAGGGGAUGCGGACGCGGACGGUGUGCGGGGUCGCGGCGGGUGACCCACCCCUAACUAUAUCCUGGCUAAAAGACGGCCAAAGUCCUUUUCCCUUGCCGCCGAAUCUGGCCUCCGUCGCAAACGUCUCCCAACUGGAUUCCUACUCAAGCCUCCUCAGUAUAACGAACCUCGCGGCCGAGCACUCCGGCGACUAUACCUGCGUCGCCGCGAACCCCGCCGCCGAGGUCAGGUACACGGCCAAGCUACAGGUAAAAGUGCCGCCGCAAUGGAUCGUCGAGCCGACGGACGUCAGCGUCGAGAGAAACAAGCACGUUGCCUUGCACUGUCAAGCGAAGGGCGUACCGACCCCCACCAUCGUCUGGAAAAAAGCCACGGGAAGCAAGUCCGGUGAAUACGAGGAGUUGCGGGAGAGAGAUUACACGAAAAUCCUCAGCAAUGGUUCCCUGCUUCUGCAACAUGUGAAAGAAGACAGGGAAGGAUUCUAUCUCUGUCAAGCUAGCAACGGUAUUGGAAGCGGUAUCGGGAAAGUGGUCCAAUUGAAAGUGAACUCUUCUCCAUACUUCGCGGCACCUUCGAGGCUCGUCACCGUGAAAAAGGGUGACACCGCGACGUUACAUUGCGAGGUACACGGCGACACGCCAGUCACCGUCAUUUGGCUAAAGGGUGGAAAAAUUGAGUUAAACCCCUCGACGAACUACCGGGUUACGGUGAAACGGGAGGUAACGCCGGACGGUGUAAUAGCUCAAUUACAAAUAUCGAAUGCAGAGGCGUCCGAUAGCGGAGCGUACUUUUGUCAAGCGAGUAAUCUAUAUGGCCGUGAUCAGCAAUUGGUGCAACUCCUCGUGCAAGAGCCGCCACAUCCACCGAAUUCGUUGGAAACCGCAAUGGUUGCCAGUCGCAGUAUCAACGUGAAGUGGCAGCACAAAUCGCAAGACACCAGCGAAGUAACAAAAUACAUUCUCGAAUACAAGGAAGGCACUGGUGGACUGUGGCAACAGAAAGAAUUCACCGGGCCGCCGCUUCCGUACGCCGCCCUUAUCGACGAGCUAAAACCAGCUACUAGGUACACUAUUCGUGUAAUAGCUGAAGGGCCAGCAGGUAGGUCUGUGCCAUCCGCGGAUCUAAUCGUCAGGACGGAGCCAGAAAGACCGGCUGGUCCGCCAAUUAAACUUGCGGCAAGGGCUCUGUCCUCCUCUGAAAUCUUAAUCUCCUGGUCGCCGCCAUUACCUGAACUCAGACACGGUGAUAUUCAAGGAUUCAACGUCGGCUACAGAGAAACAAGCUCUUCAAAUCCCUCGUACAACUUCAGUUCCGUAUCCGGCGACGGAGAAGAAGGAGGCGCCGAACUUCGGCUAACAGGCCUUCGACCCUACACAAAGUACACUUUGGUAGUUCAAGCGUAUAAUCAAGUUGGUUCCGGACCGCUUUCUGAACCUUUGCUCACGCAAACUUUGGAAGAUGUACCCAGCAUGCCGCCGGAAGACGUAAGAUGCGCUGCGUUAACUUCGCAAUCCCUUCAAGUAUCGUGGCAGCCACCGCCUAACACGCACAGCAACGGUAUUAUUCAAGGGUACAAGUUACACUAUGAACCAAUUUUGGCGGACGUGUGGCGCAGCGUCGAUGAAAUGGAAGUGCGGAAGACCAGCGCCCUGACCACUGUCCUUACGGGCUUAAGAAAGUUCACGAAUUAUACUAUUCAAGUCCUCGCUUUCACCAAAGUUGGCGAUGGAGAACCCACCACGAUCACGUACUGCCAGACCGAGGAAGACGUACCAGGUAGCCCAGCAGACAUAAAAGUGGUGGUCAGUUCGCCGCAGGCGCUAUUCAUCUCUUGGCUUCCACCCCUCGAACCGAAUGGACAUAUUACAAAAUACAAUCUAUACACAAGGGUUGUAGACGGCCGUGAAGAACUGAAUCACGGUAAAAGACAACUGCCAGCCGCGAGCACCUAUUUCGAGGCGACCGAUUUACAGCAACACGUCGAGUAUCAGUUCUGGGUGACGGCUAGCACCCGGGUAGGCGAGGGCCAAAGUUCCAGGGUAGCCGCACAGGUGCCGACGAACCGGGUUCCAGCCAGAAUCACUUCUUUCGGGGGCCACGUAGUCAGACCAUGGAGGGGAUCCGCCACUUUGUCUUGCAACGCGGUCGGAGAUCCUGCUAGAGAAUGGUUCAAGGGAUCGGCUGAACAAAUACGUACGGACACUGCUAGGAAUAUACAAAUUCUACCAUCGGGCGAGCUUGUGCUGUCGAAUCUGCAGUCCCAAGAUGGCGGGAAUUAUACUUGCAAGGUGAAGAACACUCAAGGCAGCGACAACUUGCAUUAUACGCUCACUGUGCAGGUACCUCCAAGCGCGCCAGCUCUUUACGUAACCAGCUCCACAUCGAGUAGCAUUUUGUUACACUGGAAAGCCGGGCACACUGGCGGUGCUCCGCUAACAGGAUACACGUUACAUUAUCGAACGACUCACGGUAAUCAGGAAGAACUGCAGCUGUCUCGUCAUGCUACUAGUCACGAACUCAAGGGACUCUUGUGUGGGAACACCUACCAAUUAUACCUAAGGUCUCGCAACAAAAUUGGAAGCAGCCCGUCGUCGCCUGUCCUCUCGGUCCGAACACAAGGACAAGCGCCAGGAAUUCCACCCGCUGCGUCUUUUCUCAGUCCAAACUCGACGACGCUUGUCCUGCGACUCCACGUGUGGCCCGACAAUGGCUGUCCGAUCCUCUACUUCGUGAUUCAGUAUAGACCCAUCAACGAGUUCCACUGGACGCUGGUGUCGAAUAGCGUCAAGAUGCAACGACGUUUCAUCGUGACGAACCUGCAGCCUAGCUCGGUUUACCAAUUGAAAGUCGAAGCGCACAAUGUAGCUGGCAGCAACCAAGCGGAAUUUACAUUUGUAACGUUGACGAAGGAAGGUGAACCACCCUCGCCAGAACUCUCGAAACGCGGUAUCGCAUCGGCUGUGCCGUUUUACGCUGACGUGAGGGUGAUGCUGCCGUUGAUAGUGACCAUCGUUGCUUUGCUGAUCGCCGUGGUGAUCGUAGCCUUUCGCUGGAAAAACAGAUAUCUUGGGGACAGGGUUCAACGGCCGAUGAAAGAGUCUCAGGAGAACCAACAGAAUGCGGAGACGCAAAGGGAACGAUACUACGCCACCAUUCACAAGGUCGCCUUGCAACAAGCGAAUACGGGCGGAGGGCCCGACAAGAUUCCAGAGACAGCGGAGGACAUCUCUCCGUACGCUACGUUCCAGCUUUCGGAGGGUGGCGGGGGAAGCCUGGCCGGGUUGGGAGGUCUGGGAGGACUGGGAGGCGCGGCGGAAGCUUCAGCAGCCGGUCUCCACCCGAACAACACUCUUCUUCACAGUUUCAUGUAUCACGAGCACGCCAUGACCGAAGGGUGCGCAAGUCCUCCGCCUGCCGCGACCAGCAUGAAGAGCGUUUCGUCAAGGAGACGUCAACAGAGAAAACAACAAACCCCGGGCGACGUCGAGAGCGACGAGAGCGAGUCUGACCCGGAUCAACUGACGAGCUCUCGCACGGAGUCUUCCAAUCAGUUGGACGCUGGCAAACUGAAACACAUUCGGGCCGUUUCCGACUUCAUUUAUCACGGUACGUCGAGCACUUCAUCGGACAUCUCACCCAUGUCAGAACAGAAGUCACUCCCACGAAGAGGACGAUCUAGAUGGCAUGUCCCCAGCAGGAGCUCGCUACGCACGGUAUUACCGCCGAUCUCGGUCGCGGAGACCACGUUCGUAGGCAAUCAGGGGAACGUAGUGGCGGGGAACGGGGAUCGUUCCGAUCGACCGGAGCUCAGCGAGGCCGAGUGCGACAUCGACUCCUUGAAGAAGCUGAAACUCGGCCUGAGGAGCUCCCUGUGGUCAAGGCCGAGCACCCAGAACAACCCCUCCUCCGACUACUCGAUCGCCGUUUAAUUCGCCCGCCCUUUAACCCCUGAGUGCCACCGGCACGUCCCGUGUGUGUCCCACGGUAGGCAAACUUUGUAUUCCUGUUUCCCCUCCCUUAUCCGCACCCCGUGGUCCAAGGAAACGAGAAAAGAAAAAAAAAGGAAAAGAAAGAAUUAAUAAGAAAUUAGGUGAAAUGAAUCCUUCUCUAUCCGCGGUGUCCCGCCGCGAUACUUUCGACGUCGUUUUAGAGCUCUACGAAAGAUAAAUUUUCGAGG